AUGGGGUUCAGAGAACGAAAUGCCGGACGCGAAAUUGACGAAUACAUGUUAGACAAAGGUUUUGACAUCGAGGUAGGAGUCGACUUGUCGACCGGUUUCGUUCACGGCGGUAACGAGUGGAAUUGCGGUACGUGGAUGGACAAAAUGGGCAGCAGCGACAAGGCUGGUAACCGCGGCAAGCCAGCAACUCCCAGAGACGGAAGUGCAGUUGAAAUUGUUGGCCUUAGUUUCACUGUUCUCGCGUGGCUUCACAAGAUGCACACAGUAGGGAAGUACAAGCACCGUGGAGUCUCCAGAAAUAUAGACGGCGCCCAGACGUACUGGACGUGGCAGAUGUGGAGCUGCCUGAUCAGACGUAAUUUUGAACGAUGUUUCUGGAUCCCUAUUAAUGACAGCGAUAUACAAACCGACGUCACUGAUCCGAAGUUGGCCACCGUUCGCGGCAUCUAUAAGGACACGUUUGGCGGAACCCAUGCCUGGGCCGACUACCAAUUCCGCCCCAACUUUACUGUGUCCAUUGUUGUGGCGCCAGAGCUAUUUUCAAUUGAUAAUGCAACUUGUGCCUUGCGACUGGCUGAAGAGAAGCUACUCGGCAAGCUUGGAAUGAAAACCCUCAUCGAAAGGCACGUGGCACUCGACUGGGCUUACGACGGAUACUACGAUAAUGCCGACGAUUCAUCAGAGUAUGGCAGGGCCAGGGGCUUCAACUAUCAUCAAGGCCCGGAAUGGUUGUGGCUCACCGGCUAUUUCCUUCGGGCGUUACUUGUCACGGCAAAGCGUGUGCAAAAUGAGGACGUCUGGAAAGAGACCGUUGCCAAGGUGGAAAGAAUCUUGUCCAGACAUUCGGCACAUAUGCACUCUUCGCCAUGGAGUUCGUUGCCUGAACUGACCAAUAAGGUAAAUUUGUUUCCUUUCUCAUACGCAUUACUUUGUUACCUAUAAGU